AUGACCACCAGCAUCCACAUCACCGCCCUCGACGGUAUCGUUAAUGUCAACUCCCUCUUCACUCUCGCCGUCUUCGUCGGCCUCGCCUGGAACCCAACCGACCCCAACAACUCCCUUAUCACCGAUCCCACCUCCCCUUGCGCUGCCGGAUCCACCAUUGUCGAGAACAUCGUCUCCUACCAUGUCUACUCGUUCAGUUCCUUUCUCUUCUCCAGCUUGAUCGCUCUUGCACUCAAGCAAGCUCUGCGGAUAGCCAAGACCCCCGAUUUUCACUCUCAUUCCCAUCACUUGCCCGAGUUCUUUGCGCGCGUGAACAAGAAUUCGCUUCGGGUGGGGAUGCUGGCUUCUGGUGUCGGUUCAGUUGUCGGGUGCGUGUUCUUGAUGCUGGCAUUGAUUAAUGUGGUUCAGUUCAAGCUCGGGACUUUGGCUUGUGGAAGUGGGCAUAGCUUAGCUGCGGUUGUGCCUCUUGUGAUUUUUGUCCCUAUUGCUCUCGUGAUUUAUGUGUGUAUUGUUUUGUAUGCUUUUGGUCGCUAAACUUUAUUUUUUAGAAUGAUUUGCGAGGCAUAUGAUUGAGGUACUUGUAGAUUAGAUCUAGGAGGUAAAUUAAUUAUCUGAGUUUGUAUGUCUUUUAUGAAGAUGAUAGUACUCUGCUGAAAUUGAAAAUGGAAGUGCUUUUACUUUCAUAUAACAAUUUGGAAAA